AGCUUGAAAUCCGAGUGAAUAGUAUUGAAUCUGAUUAUUACGUUAAGAUUGCGUCUGUCCGUCAGAUCGGUUGCGGCUGCGGCCCUGUCUUAACUUUCCCUGUUACAGCAUCACAUCGCGCGAGCAUUCUUGUUAACGCAUUCGGCCACUAUGCGCAACCGGCGUCAUAGCCAAUAACCGGUACUUAUCGAAAAAAUAAUAAAAAAAUUCCCAGUGCGCCCAGCCCGUGACAGAAAAGUGAAAAAAUAAAAAGUUUAAUUGUGCGCCAAUUUUAAUUCGAAAUUUAAAAAUUAAAACUCGAUGUUCAUAAAAAUGUGAGUGAAAAAUUUAAAACAAAAGUAAUUUAGUAAAAAAAUCAUGAAUUACACGUGACAAUGUACGGAUUCAAAAAGCCUUUGGUCCUGUUGAUUUUGAUCCUGACAUACGCUAUACGAUUUUGUACCUUCGGUAGUGGUGCGAUAUGGUAUACUCUCGCUUCGCUAUUAACGUUUACUGUUGUGUUGGCCUUUGGAACUUAUGACCAUGACUAUUGGUCAAAAAAGGGGGUGUUUUCACCACCAUCGUGGCCGUUUGUGGGUCACAUAUGGCCGUCCAUUACUUUCAAGGAGCAAACUGGACUUUGCUACAAAAGGAUUUAUGAUGAACAUAAAGAUAAAAAGCUCUUAGGUACCCACCAGUUUUACGUCAGAACCCUGGUGGUGUGCGACCCGGAGCUGAUAAGGAGGAUCUGCGUCAACGACUUCCAGCAUUUCGUGGAUCGGGGCAUGUACUUCAAUAGGGAGGUAGAUCCGUUGGCGGAGUCUGUUUUGUACCUCAGGGGCACGGAGUGGAAGAAACUGAGAGCCAAAAUAUCGCCGAUAUUCUCACCAAACAAACUUAGAGGAAUGUAUCCUCUGAUCGAAAACACAGCGGAUGACUUCGUUCUCAAGAUUAAAAACCUACUCAGAGAAGUAAAAAAUGACGGUUUGGUUCAGUGUGAGGAGUUAGCUGGAGGCUACACAGCGGACGCGAUCGUGCCUUGCGCGUUUGGAGUCAAGAGUCACGUGAUGCAUAACGGGAAUGAUCCUUUUGCAAUGGCGUUACACGCCUUUUAUGAACUCUCUCCGUCUAAUGUACUGCAGAGGACAAUGCUACACUUCUGGCCAAAGUUCGCGUUGUUCUUCCGCAUGAGAAACAUACCAAAGAAAACUCAGGACUUCUUCUACGAUGUCGUCACUAAUGUACUGCGGUCCAGGGAGAGAGGAGACCAGGAACGGCGCGGAGACUUUAUAGACAUGAUGAUGGCGCUGAGACAGGACGACAACAACAACAAAGCGGCUGAUAAAGAUGACACGCAGAUCACGGACAUGAUAAUAUCAGCGAACGCGUUCAUAAUAUUCCUGGGAGGGUUCGAGACCACGUCCUCAACGUUAGCCUUCAUGUUGCUGGAGCUGGCCGCCAACCCUCGGGUACAAGAUGCUAUGCGGCACGAGGUCCUAGAACUGUUGAGGAAGACUGAGGGCCAUAUAACAUAUGAUCACUUGCAGGAGUUGAGUUAUAUGGAUAUGGUUAUAAAUGAAACUCUGCGUCUAUACCCGCCAUUUGCGACCAUCCAACGCCAGUGUACGAAGGAGUACACUAUUCCUGGGACUAAAGUGGUUGUAGAAGAGGGGACCAUCAUUAUGUUCCCCACGCUGGCCAUACAGAGGGACGAACAGUACUUCGAGAACGCCCAGUCGUUCGUGCCCAGUCGCUGGCAGCACGCGGCGCCGCCGCCCGGAGUCUUCAUGCCGUUCGGCGACGGACCUCGCUACUGCCUCGGAAAACGUUUCGCCAUCCUCCAAAUGAAGUGCUGCUUAGUGCGCCUGCUCUCGAACUUCUCAUUCAGUCCCGCGCCCAACAAGUUGGCCAACAAAUCCGGUGACUUCACACGUACGGAACCCUUCGCCGCGGAUCCUAAAUCUCCCAUCACUUUCCAUCCAGCCGAUUCUACUCUGAGAAUAAGUCUGUUAUCACAAAAUACCUGAAACUGUGCUUUUGUUAGUUUUGUGUUAUUUUUAGAUUUGUUUCUCGCUAUUUGAUUGUUUGUAUAUUCGAAUACACGAAAUUUUAAUUAUGACACGAAUAAAAUUAUAUAUUUUGUAGUAGUUACAUAAAAUCUACUGACAGAUUAUAAUCACUACUUCAUUUUGGUUUCCUAAAGUAAUACUCUUGUGAUAAAUAUAUUUUAAAUAUCUUAAGUAACAUACAAUACCUCUUUGUUAAUAUCAGUCAAAUGUAUCGGUAUUUGAUUUAUGUGUUAAAUGUGUUCAAAAUAAAAGUAGUUAU